AUGCUUCUCGAGACACACCUGCGCGACUUGCCCGCCUGCGUUAUGCUCCUCGGCUCCGUACUCCCCGAGACACACCUGCACGACUUGCUCGCGUGCGUCGUGCUCCUCGGCUCCAUGCCCCCUGAGACACACCUGUGCGGCCAGCCCGCCUGCGUCGUGCUCCUCGCCUCCAUGCCCCCUGAGACACACCUGCACGGCCAGCUUGCAUGCGUCAUGCUCCUCGGCUCCAUGCCCCUCAAGACACACCUGCGUGGCCAGCUCGCCUGUGUCUCGACCUCCGGUCCCGUCCGCCGCCUCUUCUUCUACGACUUCCCCCACCCCGCUGCAGUCUUCGCCAACUUGGUACUGCCGAAGUUGAAGUCGUCCCUGUCCCUCGCACUUGCCCAGUUCUACCCCCUGGCGGGCAACCUCAGAUGCUCCGUCAGCCAUGACGACGUCUCCGAGGUCGGUUGGACCGGCGGCGAAUCACUGUCCUUCGUCUUGGCCGAGUGCGACAGUGGGUUCCACGAGUUCUCCGGUGACUACGCGCGCGACGUGUACAAGCUGCAGCGGUUGGCGCCCCGGCCGAUCUGGUCGGGUGCCGCGAAGCCCUUGUCGGCUGUGCAGGUCACCGUGUUCCCCGACCAAAGCUUCACCGUCGGGGUAUGGGUGCAUAACGUAGCGUGCGACGGCUCGAGCUUCAUGCGCUUCGUGAAAUCGUGGGCAUCCGUUUGCCGAGCCGGGGAGAUCGUGGAGCCGGUGCCACCGUUAUUCGACAGGACGGCGAUACCUUAUCCUCUUCAGCUGCGUUCCGUCAACAUCAUUCCAGGUUACGAGAGCUCCUGGACCCGUGAAGCGUCGACCCUCGCCUCCAACUUGGUUACCGCCACGUUCGCCCUCGGACAAGAUCACAUCCGGCGUCUCAAGUGCUGGACGUUGGGCGACGCAGGCGACGAGACCGCGCACUUCACAUUCACGGCGGAUGCCAGGGAUCGGCUGCGGUCGCCAGUGCCCGAGACAUACUUUGGCAACUGCAUCGUCCCGUGCUUUGUGGAGGUGAAGGUGAGCGAUCUGGUCGGGGAGGACGGCAUCUUCGCCGCCUCGGAGGCCAUCGGGAAGGCCAUAGAAGACCUGAAACAUGGCGCCCUGAAGGGUGUGCAUGGCAUGUGCGAGAGAUGGUAUCACGUCACGCAGAAACUUCCCAUGACCCUGACGGGAUCACCCAAGUUCAAAGCUUACGAUACUGAUUUCGGGUGGGGAAGACCGGUGAAGGUUGAGACUGUGUUGCAGAAGACCCGAGCCAUGUAUCUGCAGGAUAGCAGAAGAGGAGAUGGCGUGGAAAUUGGCUUAUCAUUCGAGCAGCAUCAGAUGGAUGCGUUCGAGAGGCACUUCCUCGGUGGCCUGAAACUUCUUCCUGAAUAG